AAGUUAAAUUUAAUAUCAAAUUAAAAGCUUACUCAUUGACAGAUGAUUUAUCAGUUGUUGUUUGUGUUUUUGUUGCAGAUUUAUCAUCAUCCAUUUUGCUGUAAACAAUUUAACAAAUAGUAAUUAAUAUAAAUUGUUUAAUAGUGGACAUAGAUAAAAAUAAUACAAAUUAUUUAAUGGUGUACCUUAAUAAAUUGGUUUUAGAUUGAUAAGAAAUUUAUCCAUGAUAGGUGCGUGAUCUAGACAAGCAUCUGCUAACAGAUUGUAGUGGAAUAAAAAUAUAAAAAAUUGUGACCUUCAAUAGACUGUACAUUGCUGUACAUAACGGAUGAAAAAAUAAAAUAAAAUAUACUGUUUGUAUUUAUGUAAAGAGUUUAAAUAAAAAUUAUUGCUAAAAUGAAUUCAGUUGAAUUUGUAAAAUUUUUAACAAAUUUAACGACAAUUAGUAUUUUACAAUCUGUCAGAACAAUUGAUGAAAAUAUAUUUGAUAAACAAGCUGGUUUAAUGAAUUUUCCUGACACAGAUUUGCCAACACUUGAUAUGAUUACAAGAGAGGGCUAUCCAGCGGAAGCACAUGUUGUCACAACAGAUGAUGGAUAUUUAUUAACUUUACAUAGAAUUCCUGGUUUGCCUGGUUCAUCACCAAUUUUUAUUCAGCAUGGAUUUCUUGGCUCAUCUGCUGAUUGGGUUAUAUCCGGAAGAAAUCGAGCAUUACCCUAUUUGUUGGCUGAUCAGGGCUAUGAUGUCUGGUUGGGUAAUGCCCGAGGAAAUAUAUAUUCAAAAGCCCACAAAAAAAUAUCAACUGAUGAUUCGAAAUUUUGGGAUUUCAGUUUUCAUGAAAUGGGAUUUUAUGAUUUACCAGCAGCAAUCACGCAUGUUAAAAAUAUCAGUGGACAAAAAAUAAUAUACAUUGGACAUUCAAUGGGCACAACAAUGUCAUAUAUCAUGGCAUCUGAAAGACCUGAUGUUGCAAAAAAUAUACGAUUCAUGAUGAGUCUUGCUCCAGUUGCUUUUAUGAGUCAUUUGAAAAGUCCACUAAGAAUAAUUGGACCAUUUGCAAAUGACAUCAGUUGGAUAGCACGUUUGAUUGGAUUAAAUGAAUUUUUACCUCGUGGAAUUUUCAUAAAAAUGCUUGCAAGAUAUGGCUGUGAUCUUGUCACUGUUGAACGUGACAUUUGUGAAAACAUUUUGUUUACUUUCUGUGGAUUUGAUGCUGAACAAUUUAACAAAACAUUACUGCCAGUAAUAUUGGGACAUGAGCCAGCUGGUACAUCAACGAAAACAGUUAUUCAUUAUGCUCAAGAAAUUCAUUCUGGUAAAUUUCAAAAUUUCGAUUAUGGAGAAACAAAAAAUUUAGCUAAAUACAAUUCAUCAAUGCCUCCAUCUUAUGAUUUAUCAAAAAUAAAUAUUCCAAUUGCAUUUUUUUAUUCAGAUAAUGAUUGGCUGGCCUCACCUCUUGAUGUCAAAAGACUUUGGACAAAAAUACCAAACAAAAUCAACAUAACGAGAGUUAAUUUUACAAAAUUUACUCAUCUUGAUUUUCUUUGGGGAAUUGAUGCGUCUAGUUUAGUUUAUAAUAAAUUAAUUACAAUGAUCAAAGAGCAUUGCUGAUUAUUACUGAAAUAAAAAAAAAAAUUAUUUAUGUAUAUUUUUAUAUCAAUAUUCUGGUUUUUUCAAUGAUAUUGUUUGU